GGGAAGAUUCCCGGGCGGUAGGCUCCGCCCUUUCCUUUUUGCUAUCGCCGUCGUAGGGAGCGCACGUCCUGCGGCCUGGCCUUUGCACCAAGCACGCGUUCAAAAUGCGAUACGUUUCAGCUUACCUUCUUGCUAUCCUUGGAGGCAAUGGGUCUCCAAACAAACAAGACAUAAAGAAAAUCCUUGACAGUGUAGGCAUUGAGACAGAUGAUGAACGCCUGAAUAAGGUCAUUGGUGAGCUGAAUGGGAAAAAUGUUGAAGAUGUCAUUUCCCAAGGUCUCAGCAAGCUUGCCAGCAUGCCAGUUGGUGGGGCUGUAGCCGCCUCUGCUGGAGGUUCCACUGCUCCUGCUGCAGGUGCUGCACCAGCUGCUGCUGAGGAGAAGAAAGAGGAAAAGAAAGAAGAGUCUGAAGAAUCAGAUGAUGAUAUGGGAUUUGGACUGUUUGACUAAAAUGUCCUUAUGCGUUAAUCUGUAAUAAAUCUUUGUUAAAAGA